CAUGUUGUGUGUAUAUUUCCUAUUUUUUUUUUUUUUUUUUUGUUUGUUACAACCAUAGAAAAUUCAAUGCCGCUACCCAAGAAUUUUUUCUUUUGAGUUUGGUCUCGUUGUCGUCGUGUUCAUCGUCUUUUUCGAUUUUAUUAUUCAAAUGCUGAUCACAUGCCAGCAAAUAAAAAAAAAAGAACCCAGCUCCACUCCACAGUUUGUAAAAGACAGAAGGCACCCAUUUCUACCCAAUGACAGAUUUGAAUAGAAUUUUUAUUUUGGAACUAUUUUGGUGUGGAUCAAACGUUUUUUCUAUUAUUGUUCACUAUUGAAAAAAAUUGACAAAGUUAUUUCGAUGGCUUUGCGUGAUCAAUUGUUUUGUUUGUGAAUAUUUUUUCUCUGUGUUAAACGGGUUUUUUUCGAAAUCAUCAGUUUUGUUCAUCUCCCUACCACCUAGUUGUCAUCACAUGUAGGAUAAACUUUUUUACUAAAAAAAAAUAAUCAACGAUUGCCAACAUGAAUCGUGAUAAAGAAUCACCGGUAAAUAAUGAUGAUGAGGAUCAUCAUCAUCAUCAUGAAAAUGAAUCGAUACCCUUAUUUAAAAAUAAUGAUGGUAAUGUCAAAAUCAUUAAAAAUGAAUCAAUAAAUGAACCGAUAAAAAAUGCCAAACAUCUAUCUGUUCAUUAUCAAACUGAUCAGGAUAAUAAUAAAGAUCCUAUUGAACAACAGCCACAAACACCCGAUCAACAAAUAGAUGAUGGUAAUGGUACACUUCGAUCUAAUUCAGCUCACGGUACUAUACAUUAUGAUACAAAAAAUUUGAAAAGUUUUAAAAAUUAUACACGUGAAGCACUACCACGAAUGGAAUUCUAUCGUAAUCUAAUGUCUAUUGUUCGAUUUCAUGGUCAUGGUCAUAGUAAUCGACCAACAUUGGAUGAAUUACAUGGAAAUCAAACCAGUAUUUCAUUGGAUAAUCCAAAUGAAAAAGGAAUGAAUGUUCCUACAUCACCAAUGGAUAGUAUUGACCCAUCCAAGGUGAUUAAAUUUGGCUGGAUUAAAGGUGUACUUGUAAGAAAUAUGCUAAACAUUUGGGGUGUCAUUCUAUUUCUUCGGUUAUCCUGGGUGGGUGGACAAACUGGUCUUAUUUAUGGCAUAUUGAUCAUCCUGUUAGCUUCACUUUGUACAACAUUAACGGCUAUGUCUAUGUCGGCUAUCUGUACGAAUGGCGAGGUUAAAGGUGGUGGAACAUAUUACAUGAUCAGUAGAUCAUUGGGUCCUGAAUUUGGUGGUGCCAUCGGUAUCAUAUUUUCAUUGGCAAAUGCAGUAGCUGUAGCUAUGUAUACGGUUGGUUUUGCUGAAACCCUAAGAGAUGUUUUAUGGCCUGAAAAUGAUUCAAUUAAUAUGAUUCGAAUAAUAAGCUGUAUCACGGUGAUCUUGUUGUUGGCUAUCGUUUUCAUCGGUACUGCUUGGGAAGCCAAAGCACAAGUUUUUUUGUUGAUAAUUUUGGUUACAGCUAUGUUUGAUUUUAUUGCCGGAUUCAUUCUAGGUCCAGUCAAUGAUCAACAGAUUGCACGUGGUUAUUUUGGAUGGAGUACUGAAAUUCUCCAUCAAAAUAUGAUGCCCGAUUAUCGUGAUGGUCAUAAUUUUUUCUCCGUUUUCGCUGUUUAUUUUCCAGCUGCAACUGGAAUACUUGCCGGUGCUAAUAUUUCCGGUGAUCUUAAAGAUCCAUCGAAAGCAAUACCGAAAGGAACAUUUUUAGCCAUAGCAAUUACAACCAUUGUUUACAUUGCAUUUCAUGUUAUUAUGACUGCAACUGUUGUUCGUGAUGCAAAUGGCUUGUUGGAAUUGAUUAUAAGUGACAAUCAAACCGGUCAAUUACUACCAAAUGUAUUCGAAGCGAUUCAAGAUUGUUCCCGAACUAAUUGCCAAUAUGGUCUGUUAAAUUUUUAUCAGAUUGUAGAAAUGAUGUCCAUGUUUGGUCCGAUUAUAUAUGCCGGCAUAUUUGCUGCCGCCUUGUCAUCCGCAUUAGCCAGUCUGGUUUCAGCACCAAAAGUAUUUCAAGCAUUAUGUAAUGAUCGCCUUUUUCCGUAUAUAUCUUUCUUUGGUAAAGGAUAUGGUCCAAAUAAUGAACCAAGACCAGGCUAUCUACUUGCAUUUGCCAUUGCCCUAUGCUGUUGUUUAUUGGGCGAAUUGAAUCUUAUUGCACCGAUUAUUUCAAAUUUUUUUCUUGCCGCCUAUACAUUGAUCAAUUUUUCCUGUUUUCAUGCUAGUUUCUCUCGAUCACCUGGUUUUCGACCAAGUUUUCGUUAUUAUAAUCAAUGGUUAUCGUUGGCCACUGCUAUUUUAAUGACAUUGGUCAUGUUCAUCACUAGUUGGUCAACGGCAUUGCUUACAUUUUUGAUAAUUUUAGUUCUCUACAUGUGGAUUCUUUAUAGAAAACCAGAUGUGAAUUGGGGUUCAUCGACUCAAGCUCAAACUUAUCGAUCGGCUUUAACUUCUGUUCAUCGUUUGAAUGCCGUACCUGAACAUGUGAAAAAUUAUCGCCCACAAAUUCUUUUCCUAUCCGGUCAUCCAAAACAUCGUCCUGAUCACGUUGAUCUUGCCCAUUUAAUCAUAAAAAAUAGUGGUCUAUUAAUUUGUGGAAAUAUUGUAACCGAUCCAAUAUCGGCCCGAACACAAAUCAAAUUACAAAAUGAUUCAAAUCAAUGGCUAACAAAACAGAACAUAAAAGCCUUUGUCGACAUUAUACAAGAAGAUGAUUUUCACAAAGGUGCUCGUGCCUUGAUACAGCUGACUGGAAUUGGAAAAUUACGGCCAAAUAUCAUCAUGUUGGGAUUUAAAACCGAUUGGAACAAUUGUGAAUCGAAAUGUUUGCUUGAUUAUUUCAACACUAUUCACACUAUUUUUGAUCAUCAUUUAUCGGUAGUAAUUUUUCGUCAUAAUCAACAGAUACAACAACAAAACGGAACUGACAAUAAUAAAACAAAUGCUGAUGAUCCUAUAACUGAUGAUAUGAAUAGUUCAUCAACAAAUGUCGAUUCGGAAAAUCCUAAAUUGGAAUCGGAAAUUUUGGAACCAAAGACUGAAAGACUAUUUCUGACGAAACAAUCAAAAGGUGUUUGUAUCGAUGUUUGGUGGCUAUAUGAUGAUGGUGGCCUUACUCUUCUAUUACCAUAUUUAAUACGUUCGAAUCCACAAUGGAAUGGCUGUAAACUUCGUGUUUUUGCUUUAGCAAACAAACAAUCAGAAUUGGAUAUCGAACAACGAAACAUGGCUGCAUUAUUGUCGAAAUUUCGUAUCGAUUUCUCUUCCGUUACAUUAAUCACCGAUAUAUUGAAACCACCGAAAGAAGAAUCGAAAGCUGAAUUUCAAAAUUUAAUUGCAAAAUAUUUGCAACGAGAUGAUGAACAACAAGAAAAUGAAGGAAAUUUCCCAAUCACACAAGAUGAUUUAGAACAAUUUAAAGACAAGAGUAAUCGAAAUAUACGUUUGCGGGAAUUAUUGUUGCAACAUUCGAAAGAUUCUCGAUUGAUUGUAAUGACAUUACCGAUGCCACGAAAAGAUACCUGUCCACCAUCAUUGUAUAUGGCAUGGUUGGAUACAUUGACCCGUGAUAUGCCACCAAUAAUGUUGAUGCGUGGUAAUCAAACCAAUGUAUUGACAUUUUAUUCAUAAAUAAAACAAAAACAAAAACAACGACGAUAUGGCCUUUCCAAUAUAUCAUAUUUUUAUUCAAAUCUAUCUUUAUCACUCAUUUUUAAAAAUUUUUUGACAUUGACGAAUUUUCAAUUCAAUUUUUUUUUUUUACUAAACAAAUGCACAUUCAAGUAAUGCAAAUAUCGAUACAGUCAUAAACAUUAAUAUGAAAAAUAUGAUACAAGGUACCCAAUUAAUACGAUCUAAUGCCAGAUAA